AUGGGUCAGCUCGAUCAAGGCGUGCACUUGGUCUUCAGUGUCUCUGCUAGGAUGAAGAAUAUUGUCUCUUGCAUAUUACUAGCGCUCCCAUGUCUUUUGGCAAACGUUGUCCAAGCUCAGUUUGAAUGGAAAGCAUCUAAUGACUCAGGCUAUUUCCAACCCAACUCUACUGGACUCAAGCUUCAGAAUGGUUUUGAGCGCGUAUUUAUUCAACCAUAUGGUGAAAAUGGAAUACGAGUUCGUGCUAGCAUCAUGCGCGAUCCGACGGGUAGCGAACCCUCCGCUCUUCUCGAUCCACCCGUAGAGGGACCUGGCGGCUCAGCUGGCCUUUCGUUCGAUACGCUCGUCCCAUUCCACGGCAAUGCGUCUCUGCGGAACGGAAACAUACUAGCCUCCCUUUCAGAAGGCGUACUCUCUUUCUACCGCAUCUCCACAUCACCAACAAACAACUCCGAAGUCCUCACUCUUCUCACGCAAGAAUAUACCGACGACAAGACUCUCACUGCACGCUUCUACAGACAGGACUUCCGGGCGAAUAGUUUCGCGGCUGAAUUCUCGUUCUCUUCUGACCCGGAUGAGAUGUUCUUCGGUGCAGGACAACAGGCAUGUUGUAAGGAUAAUACGGUGAAUAAGAAGGGCCAGGUCGUGGAUCUUUUGAAUUUUAAUUCGCAAGUGACACUGCCGGUCUAUAUGUCGAACAAGGGUUAUCUUCAAUUUUUCAACAUGCCGAGUCAAGGACGCAUUGAGUUCACUCCGUAUCGCACCCGCUACUUCGCCGACCAAGCUACAGUCGUCGAUUACUAUAUUACGACAGCAGAACCUGGUGAUUACGAUGCCUUGCAAAAACAAUAUACAUCGGUUACAGGACGCCAACCGACCCCACCCGACUUUAUCUUAGGAUAUCAGCAAUCAAAGCUACGCUACUGGAACGAGACUCAGGUACUUGAUGUGGCGCAGAUGUUCCAUGAUGAACAAGUUAACGUAUCUCUUAUCGUUGUUGAUUUCUUUGCAUGGAAAUUCCAAGGCGACUGGUCCUUCGACCCAGAGUUCUUCCCUGACCCAGCAGGAAUGGCAGCGAAAGUGAAAGAGUUGACAGGAGCAGAGAUGAUGGUCUCUCUCUGGCCAAGUGUCGAAGAUCUCUCCGUGAACUACAUUGAGAUGCAGCAGGAGGGAUUGUUAGCUACUACUCGCGAUGGGACGGGGAUUACGGAUUCGUUUGCGGGUGUGUAUACCCGUUUGAUCGAUUCUACGAACCCUGCUGCUAGGGAGUUUUUGUGGAAGCGGCUGAAUGAUAGUUAUUUCUCGAAUGGGAUACAUAAUUUUUGGAUUGACCAAGCGGACGGCGGUAGUUUAGGCGAGCCCUUUGUCAACAAUGGACAGGAUAUGAUCAACUCCCUUCCCUACGCUCGCACCUUCACACAGUACUUCCUUGGUACACAGGAAGGUUCAGGCAAGAUGUACCCCUGGCUACACCAACAAGCCAUUGAUGAAGGUUUCUCCAACCUCACGACCUCGUACGAUGUCGGCAGAGCCACCUCAUGCGAAUUCAUGUCCCUCACGAGGAGUACCUUCGCUGGGGGACAGCGAUUCUGCAGUUAUAUGUGGAGUGGGGACACGAUUUCGAGGUUUGAUGUAAUGUUACAGCAGGUAACGGCGGGUGUGUCCGCUGGUGCUUCGGGGAUCUCCUCUUGGACGCUUGAUAUUGGUGGGUUCUCGGGAUUAAAUAUCUCCACGGAUUUCGGUAAAGAGCUUUUCGUCAAGUGGCUCAGUAUGGGCGUAUUCCUACCUUACAUGCGGGUACAUGGUGAUCGCGAUUGCACCAUUCCGCCAAACACAGUUCCAUCGUUUGCGAACAACUGUCCGAAUGAGCCUUGGGCAUACGGCGAAGAGAACUUCGAGAUCAUCAAAGGCUACAUUUCAUUACGUUACACUCUUAUCCCCUACGUCAAGCGUCUCUUCCAAAUGCUUCAAUCCUCAGGGAAGACCAUCGUCCGAGCACUGUAUUAUGACUUCUCGUCCGACGAGAUGGUUAUGAACGGUACGGCCUCAAACAACCCUGCGAUUGUUCAUCAGUAUAUGUUCGUUGACAAAUGGGAUGAAGGUCCGAGGCUAUUGAUCUCUCCGAACGGUGUACAGGGCGCAACUUCAAAAGACGUCUACCUACCCCGGCUUACUGACGAUAUGAUCCGCCAAAAUUUCACUUGGACACAUUGGUGGACAGACAAGAGUUUUGGACAGGGUGGGCAGACGAUCAAUAUCAGUGCUCCACUUGACCAGAUCCCGGUAUUUUACUUGGGCAGUAAGGAAGAUAUAUUGGCAGGCAACAUCUAG